UUAUAUCAAUAUUUUUUGCUGCAGCAAUUGUAGUUAUUCCUCAUUUAUAUCUUACAAAGGGAAAGUUUAUAAGUGCGGCAAGAGCAUUAAGAAUCCCUAGAAUAGAAUUUGUACUUUCAGCAAUUUGGGCAGUACUCAUACUAAUAGCGACAUUUUUAUUAACCAUUGAUGCAGCUUUAUUAAGAAAGUGUGAUCCUUUCGAUCAAAAACAUGCAGAAUACAAUCGUGGACCAAAUAAUGAAACUUUUAUCAAAGGGUUACCAAACAUCUGUAGAACUCAACGAGCUGCUAAUGCUUUCGGGUGGCUCGCUCUUACAGCUUGGUUAUGUUCCCUCGUUUUAAUUGCAAAUGAUUGGCGUAAGAAUAGACGUCAACCGGCGACACAAGGUCCGACCAUAUUCCCGGAUAAUAGACCAUCUAAUACAUCAAGUUCAACGUUAGAGCAUAAUCUAUCUGACACAACUACUCAACCAACACAAGAAAAU